UUUGAUUAAUGAUCAUCUAUAAAUACCCAUUCAUACCAACAACAUAUCAUUCACAAUUCACAAUUCACAAAGACAAGACACCAAGAUCUAGCAAAGCAUAACACAGAAAAUGUCGUCUGAGACUGAAUGCAAAGGUAAGAGUUCAUGGCCUGAGCUCCUUGGGGCAAAGGGAGAAACAGCGGCAGCGACCAUUGAGAAGGAGAAUCCUCUGGUUAAUGCCGUGAUUGUGCUAGAAGGAUCGAUUGUUACCGAGGAUUUUCUCUGCACUAGGGUUCGUGUUUGGGUUGAUGACUGUGGAAUUGUUACUAGGGUCCCUGUAAUUGGUUAGAGUUUCAUGUGAUUCAUUUUUGCUUGUUGAUUAUGAUUUACUAUGCUAUUUUAUCUCAUACGGAGCCCCAAGAAAAUAAAGAUUAAUGGAGUUUGUAUUCUCCAUGUAUUAAUUGUACUAAAAAUUAAUAAAAGUGGCUUAUAAUACAGUCAAUUAUGGUGUUCUUUCUCUA